CCCGUGUGGAGCAGGGAGGGAGAGAGGAUGGAAGGAUGAAGGAAGGAAGGAUGAAGGAUGGAUGAAGGAAGGGAGGAAGGACGGGGAACUCGGCGGUGGCCGCCAAUCCUGCUCCAGCGGCAGAAGGUCACCCGUUAAUCUGUCUCAAUGACAAGCACAAUUACCUCCAGAUGAUUUAAUCGAGAGGAGCGGGCGCCCUGCCGGGGGAAGGAGCAGGAGGGGUUUCCCAGUGGAUUUCCCCGCGCUCGCCUGGGGGAUGACACUCCCCGUCUGCUGCUGGGGACGGGGCCGUAUCCCCCUUUCCCUUGGUCCCGCUCGGGUCUGAGCGCGGUCCGUGCCCCCUCCCCACUGCUGCGGGACCCCCUGCCACGGUCCCCCUGGCGCCGAGCGGGGCCAGACCCCCGGAGCCGGGAGGCCUCAGUAAUUUGCCCGCCUGGCCCCCGGUCCCCCCGUUGAUAAGGAAGACGGCAGAUGAAGGAGAGAUUAGUCGCUAAUCUCCCCGGGCAGAUGAAUCUCAAGCUGGACCCCGCGGAGGGGACGCAGGUGGGGGCAGGCGGGAGCCAGGCGCCCACACAAAGUUGGGAUUUUCCCGUCAGCGCGGCCCCUCCUUCUUCCCCAUCCUUGUUUUCCCAGCAGGACGAGGAGGACGUUUGCUCCCAGGCAAGAGCCCGGGCACGUCAGGCGCCGAGAACUGAGGCGCCAGGCGCGGGACGGGGUGGCGGGUGCCCAUCUCUCCGCAGGGGGCAAAGGGACGCCCUCCCCACGGCAUCCCCAACUGCCCCUCGCCUAUUUGUUUAACGACCGAACGAGGGUCGAUGCCUCAAACCCUCCCGGGAAGAGCUGGAUGUCGGCUCCCCGCAUCCCACCGGGGUCCCCUCCCCGCCGCCGCCAAGAGGCUCUUUCCCUGCCAAGGCUCUCGCUUGGGGGUGGCCGAGCCUGGGAGGAUUUAAAUGCUUGGGUUUAACCCUGCCGUGGUGGCCAGGCGGCGGCGGGGAUGCACCCGGCGGCUCCUGCCCGGCAGCCGCGCUUUGCUUUCAGCAUGGAAAAACCAACAACGGCUGGAAAAUGCUGGUGGCCACACCCCGGCCUCGGAGGAAGAGGCUUGAUCGGCUCCCGCGGGCGCAGACGCGGCCGGCGGCGGGGUGGACGCUGCUCCGCAGGCGUUAAUGACCGCGGCCGGCGCUGCAGGUGGCCGAGCAGGGCCCGGCGGGCGGCGUUAGCAUGGCCGGGGGCUGGCGGGCGCCGGCGCAGGCCGGGGGGAUGGUGCUGGCCCUGCUCGGGUGGGUCUCCUCCUGCGUCACCACCUUCGUGCCCCUCUGGAAGAGCCUCAACCUGGACCUGAACGAGCUGGAGGUGUGGAGCAUGGGGCUGUGGCAGGUCUGCAUCGCCCAGGAGGAGGGGGUGGUGGAGUGCCGGCCCCACGGCUCCUUCCUGGCGCUGCCCCCCGAGCUGCGCGUCUCCCGCCUGCUGAUGUGCCUCUCCAACGGGCUGGGGCUGCUGGGCUGCGGGCUGGCCGCCGCGGGGAUGGAGGGAUGGACGCCCUGCCGGGACCGGCCCGGCCUCAAGCGGCGGCUGCUGCUCGCUGGGGGAGCGGUGCUGGGUGCGGCGGCCGUGGCCACGCUGGCGCCGGUCUCCUGGGUCGCCUACAACACCGUCCUCGACUUCUGGGACGACACCGUCCCCGACAUCGUCCCCCGCUGGGAAUUCGGGGAGGCCACCUUCCUGGGCUGGUUUGCCGGAGCCUUCCUCGCCGCCGGCGGGCUGCUCCUCGCCUGCAGCGCCCGCCCCGCCGUGCCGCCGCCGGCCCCCGCCUGCCGCCAGCCCCCCAGCCCCCGGGACCUGGCCGGGGGCCACCACCUGCACCCCAAAAACGCAGACCUGGUCAUCUAA